ACUCCUUUGAGACCUAGACACUGAGUACGCGUCCCCGUCUGGGGUGCAAACCACUGGGUUAAACCCCCCUCUAGGGGAGGCUCGGGGCUAAAUUUCGGUUGUUAACAUGGCGGGCAGUUAGCUUGAAUCCUCAACUAGGAAAAUUCUAGAAAUACUGGAAACUUUGAAGGAGCUGCCAAAGAUGGGCUUUCUUUGUGUCAGGAAGGAUGAAGAGUCUUUGAUGUGCAAUGGAACUCAAUAUGAUCCUCACGAGGAAGCGCUUAACUACAAGGACGAAUUAUUUUGGGUUUACCUCGGAGUCUAUAUUGCCUUGGUACUGUUUGCAGGUUUGAUGUCUGGACUGACCAUGGGCCUACUAUCACUGGAUAUUUUGAGUUUAAAAGUUCUUCAAAGGGGAGGGAAGCCAUUAGAAAAGAAACAUGCUGCUAAAAUUUUGCCCUUGGUAGAGAAACAUCACUUAUUAUUGGUCACUCUUUUGCUGGCAAAUGCUGCAGCAGUGGAGUCCAUGCCAAUUUUCAUGGAUAGGAUAUCCAGUCCUGUGAUUGCCAUCUGUGUCUCAGUUACUGCUGUGCUGUUUUUUGGAGAAGUUGUUCCUCAAGCCCUAUGCACUCGUUAUGGCCUGGCUAUUGGUGCAACCCUGGCGCCGAUGGUGAAAUUGUUAAUGCUGUUACUAUUUGUGAUUGCUUGGCCCAUCUCCAAACUUUUAGACUUUCUUCUGGGACACGAACACUCCACAUUCUUCAGACGAGCAGAGCUGCGAGAACUUGUGGAUCUUCACAGAGAGUCUACAGAUGCGAAUGAAGAUCCCCUCAGAGAUGAUGAGGUUAUGAUUAUACAGGGAGCAUUAGAAAUGAGGAACAAAACAGUGGCAGAUAAAUACACACCUUUGGAGAAUGUUUUCAUGCUGGAUGCAAAUUGCAAACUGGAUCACGACACAAUGACACAGAUUAGUGGAAAAGGCCAUUCACGUGUACCGGUGUAUGAAGGAAACAAAGAAAACAUUGUGGGCCUUCUGUUUGUUAAGUCACUUAUCAUGUUGGACCCUGAUGAGGCCACGCCCAUUAAAGAUGUGUACAAAGCUAGAUCUUUUCUACGUUCAUCUACAACUGAACCUCUGUUUGAUUUAUUAGACAAGUUUCAGACUGGGAAAAGUACGUAUGUGCCUUUGGUGUUUGAUUUUGUUUCAAAACGAGUUGUUGGCAUUAUAACUCUGGAAGAUGUGCUUGAGUUGUUGAUACAAGAGGAGAUCUGGGACGAGGCAGACAUAUCAUGUACUCGACAUCGCUCUGAUGUCAAAAGGAAGGUGUCUUUGGCCAGAGCGAAGAUGAGUAGGAUGAAAUCAGUCGAUGCUGACAGAUCACGGAGACCGCUCAGUCCUGAUUUCCAACCGCCGGAGGAGGCUCCGAGAAGGACACAGGAUUCAUCCAGCGACACUCAGCCUCUCCUAGGGGACAGCAGGGAAGAGCAAUUCUGAUUCAUGGCGAUGUGGAAUGGGAAUUGUGUACGUCAGACAAAUACAGACUUUUCGUGAUUAACUGGAUUUUGCAUUGAAGUUGACUGCCAUGAUCGAAACAUGAAAUAGAAUUGGCUAUCAUUAGGCAUGAUAGUGCAGUAAUGAAUCAGUAUAACUCAUUUCGAUUUAGUAUCAUUAAAGGGAAACCAAAACAUUCACAGAAGCCAAUCAGAACAACGGUAACUUAUCGGUAAGCACGGAAAAAAAGCGAGUAACUUAGUCGCGAUUGGCGUUAGUUUUGCAUCUGAUUGGCUAAGAGGGUGGUGCGAGUUUUUCUUGACCAAUCACAACGAGGGCAGGAGAGAGAAACUAACGCAACCCCUGUUUACCUUUGACUUUCAAUCGGUAAUUGAUUUAGACCGGAAGUAAGUUUCCUUUCAUCUCUUUUCGUCUUUAUCUUUCAUUCUUCAAGUUACGCGCAUACGCAUGUCUAUGUACUUCCAACUUGCCUCUCUUUAAACCUCUUUUAUUGCCAUUGUUACCACUUUAAAUAUGAUAGUAAGGCAAAACCGCUCUUUGAUUAAUAAUUUCUUCUCUAGCUAUAGAAUUAGAUAUAAAUCAUGGGUAGAUACUGAUGGACUGUUUUCAUAAACCACUUUACAAUUAUCUUCCUUUCGUAGAAGCUAUAAACUAGUAUUGUUGGUCGCGUAAUUUAAAAGCUUAUUCCUAAGUCUCGCGCUUUACACUUUCUAUGGCUUUAAGAAAAUAUUUUUCCUGUCGAGUAAGAAAAUCUAGUGGAUUUACAAGAGUAAACACGAAUGACAAAUACAAUCCAGCCUUUGUAAAGAUAGCUAGAUUUUGCAAAUUAUGUUACAUAAAAUUUGUACUCUGGUUUCUUAUCAAAACACUUUCAA